UUAUUGAAAAAAGUAAACUGUACAUAAUUUGAAAUUAUUGUUUCCGAAUGCUGCAGCCUUAGUCCGAUUUCGCUUGCAUUAUACAUUUGUACAUACAUAAGAGUCCUUAUUUAUGAGUCGCUCGUUCACAGCCUCUGCUUUUUCGUCUAUCCUCUUAAAUUUUCUUAUAUUUUUAACUAAAAUCCUUUGAAAAACACAUCCUAAGGCUUAAAAGGCAUACGGGCAUACAAAGCUGCAAAACCGUCUGAGAUUCUAUUAACUUGUUGCUCAUUUUGAUGAUACCAACUGUAAAAGAACGUCAAGCUGGCUCUUAUGAUUUCAAAAAAUAUUAUGAAGACCUAUGCGCUUUGAGAAGUUGCGCUCCACUUUCUGCAAUCACAAACCACGUUAGUAAUGGCUUUCUUGACAUAUGUGCAGACAGAAUAAAAAUUCAAGAUUGGGACCCAGUUAUCGAUGCAAUUAAGGUUAACAAAAAUCUCAAUUUUAUUGCAGUUAGAAACUUCAGUAACUCAGGCGGUGUAGUUUUCUUAAAUCGACGACGUCCACCAGUUUUAUUAUCAAGUUCAAAAAUUUUAUUUAAUUUAUGCCGAGCAAUACGUUAUUGUGCAUAUUUUACAGAAAAUUUAACAUUUUUAGAAUUACAAAAUCUUCCAUUGAAUAGAAUAAGUUUAUUACAAAUUUGUGAAGGUAUUAAAAAAAAUCGUACAUUGAAACAUUUAUCAUUUGAAGGUUCCUCCAUAAACGAUGAUGGUCUUAAAGAACUUUGCCUCGUCUUACGUUUUGUUCCAAAUAUUUCAACGCUCAAUUUAACAGCAUGCAAUUUAUCAAAGGAUGGAAUAUCCCCAUUAACUGUACUCAUCAAUCAUCAAGCAAUGCAAAGACAUAAUGCUGCUUGGCAAGAAUCAUUACGUUAUCGUUUACCUGAACUUGAUCGUCUUGGUGGAUUAAAACGUAUCACAUUGAAUGAUAAUCCAAAUAUCGGUGAUGAAGGAUCAAUUAAAUUGGCUGACACAUUAAUUGAUGAUUUAUGGGUAAAAGCUAUUGAUUUACAAGCAUGUAAUUUAAGUGAUAAUUCAGCAAGUAUAUGGUUAUCUGUAUUGGUUGGAUUACGUAUAACUGAUGGAAAUCCAACACAGACCAAUCAUGAUGAAGGAAAACAAUUGAAAUCAAAAGAUAAUCCAUCUGUCAUAGAUGAUCAACAUCGUGGAAAUUAUACCUUAGUUGUUCUUGAUCUACGCAGAAAUCCUGAUAUAUCUCAUGAACUAUUACGUGCUGUCACAGAAAGAGCACUCAUCAAUUCCGAAGGGAAACAAACUGAAUUUAGUUGGUUAACAGCUGGCUUACAAACUCCAUCACAAUUAUGUUCUGGUGUGACUACAUAUCCAUGGCCAGGUCUAACGAAUCAUGAAUCAAACGAGAAAAUGCCUUCUACUAUGAUGAGUCGAGUAAAUUCAUUUGAUAAUCUUGUACAAAUGUCAAGAACUAAUCGAACAAAAUCAAUCACCACUAAUUUGUAUAAACAUCGAAGAAUUAUUGAUCCUGAUGAUAAAAAACUAUGUUGUUCAUGUCAUCGGCCAUUAAUGAAUCCAAGUGGUAGUAAACCAAGACGCCGUAGUGAAGGCACUAAAUAUUUUUUCGAUCAUACAACAAAUCAUAACUGUAAUGUAGAAUUGCAUAGAAAAACUAAACGUCCUUCAUAUGUUUGUGAAACUGGGCGACCUUUAAGCGAACGAGCAGCAUGGAAACCACCUGGUGUAGCUAAAACUACUAAUCAGAAACUUGCUACCAGUCAACCAAUUACUCCAUUAUCAAAUCGAACAAGUUUCACUGGAGGAAUACCAUGGAGGACUGCGGCAAGAUCAGCACGUUGUCGAGGUUAUCCAAAUUUUCACUGCCCUGGUAAAACAAGCCUUGAUGUACGUGCACUAAAUUUAGAUUAUGACAUUGUCAAAAAAUCGAUACCAGAUAAACAAGCAUCAAAUGUAAAUAAUAUGAAUCAAAACAGUCAUAAAUCUUUAGUGCAUUCAUGUACAAAACCGGUGAAUGGGACUGUGAAUGAUGAUGAUGAUGAUGAAUGUCAACAUCAUCAUCAAUCAUAUCAAGGUCAUUCGCAAUCACAACCGCCACAACACCAACAACAAUGUCUUCAACAUAAUCACCAUCGAACAACUUCUCAAAAAUCAUGUUCAAAAGCCAGUAAUUCUCCGAGAUUUUCAGCAAUCAAUAUGCAACACAAGUUAAAACAACUUAUGAAAAAAGUGACACAACUUGAGGAGGAUUUACAAAUAGAAAAACAGAAAUCGGAUCAAUUAAUAAAAUCACGUCAGUUUGUUCAACAUGAAGACAAAUCCAAACAACGAUUGGAAAUUGAUCAAAAUUCAGUAGAUCAAUUGAGAACUUUCAUUUGUCGUUUAACAGAUGCGAUUGAAAAUCUUCAAAAGUCCAAAGAGAAAUCCAAUAUAUCAAAUGAAGAAUUUGACAUUUUACAAGAUACAUUCGAAGAAUUAUGCGCUCUGUUAAGUCGUAUUACAGAACAAAAUUAUUUGGCUGAAAAAAUGGUCAAAAAUCUUAUGGAUAAAAAGAAACCUAUCGCUACUACUUAUGGUGAUGAUAUAAGUAGUGACAAGAAGGAUAAAGAAAAAAGUACAACUGAAAAAAACAUAAUUCAUCACAAUAAAUCAUUAUUAGAAGAUAAAACUGUUGUACACAAUAAUACUCAUAAUAAUAAACAAGGAAAAAGAAAUAUUCACUGGAAAACAGUUGCUAAAACACGUGCUGUACAAACGGAUGAUCUUGAAACUUCAGUUACAGAUGACGAUGCUGCUGAUGAUGAUGACGAUGAAAACAUAACUAGUAAUAAUAAUAAUCACGACAGAAAACCUACUACACAUAAACAUCAAACAUUCAAUCCGAAAAUUGCAUGGAUCCCUUCUACAUGUAUUGACAUUAAUGCAACUGAAGAUACGAGUGUCAAAUCUACCAUAACAAAUUCAUACAAUACUAGUAGUAAUAGUAAUAAUAAUAAUAAAGUAUUUCGUUCAAACUCAAAAACUAAACAAGGACAAGAUCAAUUAACCAAUGAUAAUAAUAAUAUUAAUAAUAACACAAUGAUAAACAAUCAUAAUGACAUACAUCUCAGCAAUGAUUCUAGCAGUGACCUUGACAAUCAUCACUAUGUUCAUUCAAACAAAAAUAAUACAGAUGACGAUGAUGAUCAUCAUCAUCAUGAUUCAAUUUAUUCAACAGAAAAACUUAUUGAUAAUAUGGAAAUUUACAAGAAAAGUUCACAAACUGAUCAGUUAUUUGCUGAAUUGAAAGCAGCUACAAUCAUUGGUACACCACAUUCAAGUAAAGAUGAUUAUGAUAUGAAAAGUCAAUUAGUACAUGAUAUUAAACAACUGAAUGAUUGUAUUAUAACAGGAAAGAAAAGUACUGAACUAUAUGACAUUGAUGAAAUAUCAAUACUAAAUAAUUCCAAUAAUUCACCAUGUGUUUUCAAUGAUUCUAAUCAUCAAAACAUCCACAAUAAAGAGAAUUUCAAUACAAUUGAAGAUAAUAAUAAAUGGAUUGAUCAACAACAAGUGAACAAUACUACUAAUCAAACAAUAAUCUCGUCAAUAAUUCAUCGAACAAAAUCUAAUGAAUUUCAUCCAUUGAACAUUGAACAGAACAAUGAUCAUUGUAUGAGCACUAUUUACGCUUGUGUCCAAUAAUAACAUGUACGUUUGAACUUUGUAUUGCAAAGGUUCCGCAUGUAGUUAAUGCAUUUCUUGGUUAAAAAAAAAAUCACUGAAGAUGUGGGUGAUACGUGUAAAAAUCUUAUCACAUAAAGUGAGAUGUGAAAAUAGAAACGUAUUGCCCGGUGAUUUUUUAUACAUGGAACAAUGAAUACACAUCUCCGGUGAUUUUCAACGAAGUGCUUAAACGACAUGGAACCUUUACAAAUACGAAUUUCAUGAGUAAAUGUUAUAGACACAAAUGUAAUAAAGCUCAAUUUUUUAGUUCUAUCAUUUUUGUUUGUCAAUUAUAUCGAAAUUGAAGUCUUUCAAAAAGUGCAUCUUAAAUUUUAUUUUAGCGGUU